AAGAAGGAGCACCUUCGAGAGAGAGAAAGAAAAGAGGACCCACCCGUGGCUCACGGGAUGGCCGUUGUAAGCGGAGUUGCAACAAGUCGGUGAAAGUACCUGGGGCGCCCGCCCUACAGCAUCGAGGUACGUGGGGUACGUACCGGGCCUGGCCCCAAAAGUACGGCGCGGUUGCCAUUCGGUAUCGACCGAUUUCGACUCCUUCUCAGCCCAUUCCCGCUCACUCUCCAAAUUUAUCAUCAGACCCUUGGCCCAAACAUGGCAACAUGCGCCGUCAUGUCGCCCUUUGCAUUUGAAAUAUCGCCUUGUAGGUAUAUAUCUCUUUUUCAGUGCCCCCCGUUUCCAACCAGUCACCCCUCAUUUCCUACCGAACACUUGGUUUGAUACGUCUACCUCGCCUGUCUAUCUGUCUUCAGCGGAUCCCAUCCAUCCCACACCCUUAUCCGUCUCAUCUGCUGCCAACACUACUACUACUACCACCGCCCACCACAACCACUACUAUUACUCCCGCCGCUCCCAACAUCCACGACUCCUUCCUGGUCCUCGAUCCUCCCGGACUCACCUCAAUCUGUUAUCUAUCACUACCGAAUACCUUAUCCUACGACUUGUCUAGUAUUUCGGAUAUUAGACUCCAUCCCCUCGUUGCUGUUACGAACGUGUCUUCGAUCGACAACAGAGCGAACCCGCUUACACGUCCCGGUGCACUUACAACUUGAACCACAAUAACACCAAACCAACUACACCACGUUCCCCGAUCGAGCAACGCUGCUCACAUCACAACCACCCUUUAUGGCGGCGCAUCUACCUACAAUCAACUUCAACCCUUUAGCUCCCGUCACACCUCCGCCCGAGCAUCUCUCCUUCCGGAAACCUGCACUUCCCCUGUCUGCUCAGCUGAAACGCAAGGCCGCCGAGGCCAACAUCACCAAUGAUCAUGUCACAAUGAAGAAGGAGCAAUCACCAUUAAACAACCCGUCCAUGGCCCCUCCAAAGCCGACGUCGAUUCCUAGUGCGAAUGCAGACCCGAACCAGCCGUCCAUGGAUCCCCGAUAUGUCGCCAUGGUUUCGCGUAUCGCCGCCUAUUACCAGCAACGUUGCCAGGCUAUCUCCAACGCGCAGCAGCAAAGAUGCCAGGCUUGGGCCAACAUGCACAGGCAAAAGUGUCAAGAGAUGAUGCAGGCAGCCAUGCUGGUGGUGGCUUGGUACAUCCGCGAUCGGAUUCAGCGAAGACGCCGGAGGCAAAAGAAGCAGUUCCGCACCGGCUUGAGGGCGCAGAGCACCCGGUCCCGCGUUACAAAGGGCGAAGGAGUACGGCGCUGGGUCAUGAAUGUGCCCGAGGGCAUGUCAUCACCGCACAUCCCGGGGCUCGAUGACAUCGCUGACCAAGAGGAAGCCCACUUCUCCAUGGACAAGGAGGUCCCACCGGACAAAGACACCAAGCUAUUUGAGAUGGCCGACAACAUGAUUAGGAGUCAGUACCGCAAGGUGGAAGUGCCCAUCCUCGGCGUGCUAGGCUUCGAGGAGGACGAAAGCGAGAGUGAGAGCGAGGCCGAUGACGACGACUUUGACCAGCUCAUGGAGGAUGAGCUCGAAGAUGGGGAAGUUGAAGAAUACGACGAUGAAGAUUUGGAUCUAGACGAUGAGGACGAAGAGGAUGGAUCCGAACUCGUUCACCGCGGUACGGGCACUGGCACCGGAAGUCGGGGCAAGGACUCUGGCUUGUCAUCUUGAAGUUGGUGUUUGGGGACUUGAGGUUUGCUUCUUUCUCGGCUUUUUGCUUUUUUAAUGCGCGGGCGUUUAACGGCGGGCAUGGACAACGAUGUGACGAUUGGAUUAUUUACCCUGGGCGAUCUACAUACCUUGCUAUUUUGGCCACUCUGCACAUAGUAUCUAUAUAUCCUGGACCGCGUCUGUAGGAAACAAAGACGAACAUUCUUACAAAAUUUUGAAAUCAUCCCAUUCUACAAG